UUGUUGCCGAGUCAAAUCCGGAUCCGCGUGGGUGAAUACGACUUCUCGAACGUGCUGGAGGUGCAUCCGUUCCAGGAGCGCUCGGUGACCAAAAAGGUGGUGCACCCCAAGUACAACUUCUUCACCUACGAAUACGACCUGGCCCUGGUGAAGCUGGAGAAACCCGUGGACCCGAUGCCGCACGUGGUGCCCAUUUGUCUGCCGGGUUCCGACGACUUGCUCAUCGGCGAGAACGCCACCGUCACCGGCUGGGGCCGACUCAGCGAAGGCGGCACUCUUCCUUCUAUCCUUCAAAACGUCCAGGUGCCAAUAGUCAGCAACGAAAGAUGCAAGGACAUGUUUCUUUCGUCUGGAAGACAUGAGUUCAUACCAGACAUAUUCCUAUGUGCUGGGUAUGAGAAAGGUGGCCGUGAUUCUUGCCAGGGAGAUUCUGGAGGUCCUCUGCAAGUGAAGGGCAAAGACGGGCGCAUGUUUUUAGCUGGAAUCAUCAGCUGGGGUAUCGGAUGCGCAGAGCCGAACCUGCCGGGGGUUUGUACCCGGAUAUCCAAGUUCCGGCAAUGGAUAGUCGAAAACGUCACAUAG